AUGGAACGAAAACCUAUUGGAGAAAAACUCAGUAAUAUUAGUGCUUUAAUCUAAAAACAGCAAAAACCAAAAGAGUAUUCAUUAAAUUGAUCUAGUUCGCAAGAUGACCAAGAUGAAAUGAAACAAUACAAAAUGAUUUUUCCAAACAUGAAUAAAUAAGAAAGUGCUGAAAAGAAUUAGUUAAAAGAUUCUGACAAACUUUUUUAAGUAUAAUCUAUUAUAUAGGAAUAAAAACAAUUUCAAAAGUAUAAUAUUACCAAACUACUAUUUUUUAGUGAUAUUUCAAAACUUUUGAAUAGAUUGGGGAAGGUGCAGGAAUAAGAUCCCUAGCCAAACACUAAAACUUCAAGUAUUAAUCAAUAACAAAGCCCAUAACCUUUUGAGUAGAGUCAAAACUAAACUCCUAAUAAUAGAAUGACUCAAAGUGUAUCCCUUUUACCUAAAUAAGGAACACCUGCCCCUCCUCCAUAACCAAUUCAAUUAUUUGUACAAAAUAGCCCAAUUAAUGAUCAACAAUACAGAAACCUAAAAGAAUAGAAUGUGGAUUUGCUUAGAUAGAUUGCAUAAUUGUAGCCAUUGCAAUAAGUAGUAAAUGAUGUAAAAAUUUCUUUAAUUCGAAUAGCUAAGACUGUUAUUACAACAGGCUAAUGACAGAAUUAGAGAGUUACAAAAGUAAAUCGAUGUAAUCCUCUAAGACAACAUUUAAUUGAAGCAAUAAAUGAUUAUUAUUGAGUAGGAAAAAGUAAACAAUAAGAGAUAAUUUGAUGAAAUAAUGGCAAAUACUUCAUUGAUUCAUUAAAGAGAAAUGCAAGCAAUAAGAUUUUAAGCACAAGAGAAUUUAAAUGCUUUAGAAUCUACUUGGAAAUAACAAUACUUAUUAUUGAGAACAGAAAAUGAGGCUGUUAUAAAUAAUUUGAACGCUAAAUUAGCAAUUACAUCAAAGGACAACUAAGGUCAAGAGGAUCUCAUAAAUAAUCUUGUGGUUUCUAAUAAAGAACUCUAAUAAAAUUUAUGUAAUUAUUCUUUGCAAUUUAGAGAUCAGAACAACAGAUUUAAGUUUUGUUUAGUAAACAUUAGUAUAAAAGUAGAAAGAAUUUGAUUAACUAUAGUACAAUUAUAAUAACUCUUUGGAAAAAUAUGAAGCCAAUACAAAAUAAAUGAUAAAUCAAAAUUUGGAAAAAUAGCAACAAUAUGAGAAAAUGAUAAUCGAAUUGAAACAACAUAAUGAUAUCUUAAGUUAAUAAAUUGUUGAAUUGGAUUAAACCCAUAAAUAAUCUAUAUCUAAUCAACAAUUAAAAGCAUAGCAUCAUAUAAAUGGCAAAUUAGAAGAAGUAUAAAAAAUGAGUAUAAUUGAAAAACAACAAAUUCAGUAGCAUUAUGAAGAAAAACUAAAUAAAUUGAAUUGUGAUGUAAUAUAUAUAAUAAUUAAAUAUUAGAAAGAAUCAUUGAUUAAUUAAUAAUAACAACAGAUCAUAUAUUUAGAAUAAAAGUUAGCAAUAUUGGUUCAAGAAAAUAAAACCUUAGUAGAUUAAUUAAAUAAGGCAAAAAAGAAAGCAGAAAAUCUUGAACAAGUUAUGAUGAAUUAAGAAGCAGCGUAUUAGAAUUUAACAAAGGAUUAAUAAUCUAAGACUUUAUCAAUGACAAAAUAGAUUUAAGAUUUGAAUUCAAUGAUCGGAAAUUUCAAUUCGAAUAAUAACAAUCAAAUAGCGAGUACAAGAAGGUCGGAUAAUCCUGAAUUGACAGAUAAGAAUUAAUAAUUAGAGCAAUAGCUGGCUUAUAAAAAGGAAGAAAUGGAUUUGCUUUUACAUCAUUUAGAUUAAGUAUUUGAAAUUAACAGAGAUUUUGAAAACAAGAUUAAAACAUUGUAAGCCUAGCUUGAACUAAUGGAAGAGAAGAGUAAUAGAGAAUAAGAUCAGUAUUCUAAUUAAAUAAAACAGCUAAAAUAAUAAAACGAAGACCUAAAAUAAAGGGUAGAAGUGAGCAUUUAAAUAGAACAAUAAAAAGACUAAUAAAUUAAAGAAAUAUAGUAGAAGCUGCUUGAAGAGGAAGUUUUAAAAAGAAAAUAAAAUGAUUAAAUCUAGUCAAAUGAAAAAUAAUAAUUUUUGGAUGUAUAUUCUAUUAUAAUAUCAUUUAGCAAAUCAAACAGUUAAAAAUUAAAAAUGUUGAAUUAAUCAAUCAAAAUGAGAUUUUAGAGUCAAAUUCAAAGGAAAUUAAGGAUAAAUAUGAAUAGGCCUUAAGAGAAUAGAAAGAAUAGCAAUAAGUAUUUUAUUUUCAAAUAUAUAAAGCGUUUUGAGGAAUAAAAACUUAUAAUUGAAUAGUAAAUUCAAGCACUUCAAAAAAAAAAUUAAGAACAACCACCAAUAGUUAAUUAAAUGAAAAGAGACAUCAAAUCAAGUGAAACGGAUAAAUCAUUCGCAGAUAAGGAUUAUUAAAUUAAAACUCUUGAAUAAAAACUAAAAGAAAAUGAAAAGAAAUUGAAGGAUUAUGAGUUGAAACAAAAAACUAUUGAUGAUAUUUAGAGCUAAAAUAAGUAAAUGAUUUAGCAUUAUGAAAUCAAAAUUAAGGAAUUAGAUUUGAGAAUAACUACUUAUGAAGAUCAAAUUAAGAUCAAUAAUAAAUAGAAUACUAUAUAAUUAGCAAAAAUUAAGAACCUAGAAUCCUAAUUAUUAACUUGUGAAGAUGAUAUACAAAGAUUAAGUGACAUUAACUAAAAUUUAGAAAACCACAUUGCUAAAUCAAGUUCCAUGAGACCUUCUUCUUAAAUAAAUAAUAAUGCGGAACUAUAAAAAUUACAAGAAGAUAACUUAAGAUUAUAAGAGUAGGCAAAUUAAAUUAAAAAAGAGAAAAUUACUAUGACCCAAAGUUAUGAUAAUUAAAUAAGUUUGUUAUAAUCAUAGAAUUAGAGUAAUAUUAGUUAAAUCAAUAAAAUUAAAAUGGAAAAUUAAUAACUUUAGGAUAGUUUUAAGAAAUAAAUAUCAAGUUUAGAGUAGGAGAUUAAAGAAUUGCAAGAUAAGAUCAACAAUUUGAAAAGUGAAAAUUCUGAAUUGAAAUGUUAAAUUGAUGAUUCGAAUGAACAAAAUAAAACACUCUCGGAUUAAGUUGCUAAAUUAAAGAAAGAGAAAGCUCAUAUGACUAUGAAAUUAAUGCAUUCUGGUAUAGCAAAUCUUGUUAGUAGUUAAGUGUCUUCGACUUAAGAAAAAUCCUAAUGAAG